AUGAAACUGUUAAAUAUUUUGCUCGUCGGAGAUGCCUUCGCAAGAAAAACCCAUCACUUCAUCGCGGAAAUCCAAGGCCUUGUUCCAAAGUUCGAGUCGUACACCGGCGAGAACGAAAAAAUCAAAGAUGACAUUUUUAAGUACAAACAAGAAGCUGGCAAGGCCAUUCUUCACGGAGAACUGAUGACUGAUGGACAACUCAGGGCGAUUCUCAGCGAGGGAUCGACCAUCAACCAGAAGAUUCUUCGAGAAUUGAUCGAGUUCCGAAUGGAAAAGAAGAAAGGAGUUGACUUCAGAAAACCGAGACAAAGCGCUAGCGAUGGGGAGGAUAUGCUUUUGAACUAUGGCUGCUUCUGCUUACCUUCUCAGAUGCAUUCGCCAGAUGGAAACUGGCUCGGAAAAGGCUCCCCUGUCGAUGAAGUUGACUCGCUCUGCCACGAUAUUUUCCGAUCAUACAACUGUCUCAAAAAGGACUUUCCAGAGUCCAAAUGCGACUCGACCAUUCCGUACAACUACAAACUCGACAAGCGAGGGGUCCCUUUUUGCACUGACCCAGAAGAUACCUGCGAGGGAACGGUUUGCCGAUUGGAGAUCGAGUUCAUGACUCAAUUCGUCAAAGUCGCUGAUAAAUGGUCUCAAGCCAACCAUAUUUCCGGAGGUUUCGAUCGACAAAGCCAAUGUCUCGGAAACAUGUCUGAACGACAAAUUGAAGAGGCAAAGAGUGAAGGUCAAUCUGGACGACGGGAGAAAUCGAAGGUCUUCUCAGAAACUCAGUGCUGCGGAAACGGAAUCAAGCGACAUCCUUACCAAAUCCACAAGUUCGAAUGCUGCCCGAAUGGCCAAACGAAGCUUCCAGGAACCUGCCUUCCUGACAAAUUCUAG